GGACUACACCCAGCCGCUGCCUCAUUGCCCUGGCUUUCUUUGCUGCCCCAGCCUUGACGUUGGUUAACGUCGAAGUGCGGGUUAGAUUGGAGACUCUAAAUUCGUCCGUAGGAUUUCUUCCGAUUUGGCCGUCUCGUUUGGCAACCUCACUUCCAGACCUGUAGGGAUUUUUAAUAUAGCGUCAAUUUCUUGAAUAUGUCUUGGCAAAGCUACGUGGACAACCUGAUGGCCGAUGGCAGCUGUCAGGAUAGCGCCAUUGUUGGGUAUAAGGACGCCAAAUAUGUUUGGGCAGCACAUGCCGGUGGUACUUUUAACAAUAUCACGUCUCAAGAAAUUGAUGUCCUUAUUGGGAAGGACAGGGAGACCUUUUACACCAGCGGUCUCACUCUGGGCUCAAAGAAGUGUUCAGUCCUCAGAGACAGCCUCCAGGAUGAUGGGGACUGGACAAUGGACAUCAGGACAAAGAGCCAAGGAGGAGAGCCUACAUACAAUAUCUCUGUGGGGAGAGCUGGAAAAGUAUUGGUUUUAGUCAUGGGAAAGGAGGCGGUCCAUGGUGGAAAGCUUAACCAGAAAGCACAUAAAAUGGCUGAAUACCUGAGGAAGGCUGGAUAUUGAGCAACCUCUCCACCCAUCCAUCAGCUCACUCCCACUGCAUUGUGUUGACACUACUUCCAGGAUUAGAUGGCAUACAAUGUUGCUUCCUCCCAGUCUACUUUUAUACGCAGCCUUUUGUUUGCUCAACUCCCCCCACACUCCUUUUUUUUCUUGUUUUUUGUUUUUUGUUUUUUUUUUAAUAAACCUUCCCCACUUUAACAUUGUACUUCUCAUGUUUAUGGCACUACAGUAAUGGCAUGUUCCUUGAAAUGUUUAUUAACCAAAAGAGUGCAGCAAAAAAAAAAAAAAGAUUGUGAAUUGUAAUAAAAGUGUAACACUAAUUUGGAAUAGAAA